AUGAAAGAUAAGAAAUAUUUAUUAAGAUUAUUAUUAUUACUGCUUAUAAUAAUUGCAACAUCUUAGUGCUAGUCUGAAGGAAUUGAACAUAAAGAAAAUAAAAUGGUCUAAAAUGACUUUAGUAAUUUAGAUUAGUAGCUUAAGUUUAAUAGUAGAAAUUUAAGACAUAAAGAUGAAUAAAUUAUAGAUUAAAACAAUAAGGAAGAUAUCUUAAGUUAAGGAAAUAGUUUAACUUAAUAAUAGAAAAUUCCAGUAAAUAAUAAACAGGAUAAAGCUUUACUAGAUAUCGCUUCAAUUAUAUUUUUCAUUUUGAGUGUAAUUUAUGCGAAUAGGAUUACUGACAGAUAUAAUUAUAUGUAGAGAUAAUACGAGAGAGAGCUAUUGUCUCAAUCUCAACAAUAUUCAUAAUAAGUAGAAAAUAUACUUGAGCUUAUAUCAAAGUCUAGAAGCAAAUCAGAGUAAGCUAAUUACUCAAAUUUAUACUUUGUUUUCAGUAAAUAAAUAAAAUUUUAUUUGAAAAAUUAUGAGGAUUAAGAGUUUAACAUCUCUUAACGUGUCAUUAGGUAUAAAGAUAAUGCUGAUUAAGAUAUCAAAAUUAAUAAAGUUUAAUUUUAUAUUAAUAGUAAACUUUAAAAAAUCAAGAGCUAUUUCAAAUUUUUUUCAUAAAAAUAAUUCAAUUAAGCAAAUCAAAACGUACAAAUCAAUGAUGAAGAAAAUUAGAAAUUAUUAGAUCAAUCUAAAUUGUAAAUACCUAAGUAAAUUCCUAAAACAUAUAAUGGAAUAAUAUAACAAAUAUAAGAUAUAUUUAAUUGCUUGCUAAGCAAUAAUUCUAAACUGAAAUUUUGUAAAAUAAAGUAUUUUGGUACAAAUAAAUACUACAAUAACGAAGAGGUCAAUGUAGCUAUUUAUAUUUGCUCUGAAAAGAUACAAAAUAGAAAAUAAGCAACAAAAUGCAAUCACACACAAUUUUUAAGUUAAAUUGAAUAAAUAAUAACACAAUUCAUUCAUGCAGGAUUAAAAAUAUAAAAACUAAAAUUAGAUGAAGAUAUCAUUAUUUAUAAUAAUAAAUUAAUUAUAAAUCCUAACAUUAUUCUUAGACACGAUCCUGAAAUAUCUACUGCUUAUUACUAAUAUAUAUACAAAGACUUAUGUAAAUAAAUGUAAAUUUCAAUAAAUGAGGAUUAUUUAAUUAAUAUAUCCAAACUGACGAGUAAAUUGUAAUGA